GUUUUCCCGCCGGCCAGUGCUCGACCCGGUGGCGUGCUCGUUGCAUUCGCGUCGUCGUCCGUCACAUUCCGUCGUCGUCGUCGUCGUCGUCGUCGUCGUCGGCAGCCCCACAUUACACCUCUGCAACGGCCCCGACCCCACACAACCGAAAAUAGCCCGUCCCCAGUAAUCGUAUGUCACAUAAAUUAUCGCCAUAAUUACAAAAAUAUUGCGAUAUACGCCCGACGUUGCAAAAUUAUUAUACACUUAUUACCGUCUAUAAUACGCAAUUUAUUAUAAUAUUAUAAAUUGUACGGCGGCAACAACGAUUAUAGCGCGCGGUUUCCACGCGUAUAGAUUACGCGGACACUAUUUUUUUCAAAAUUUUUGCAGUCCGAAACGGUAACCUCGAACGCGACUUCACGGACAGUACAGACACAUCUCGUCGUCGACGCGGCGUUAUCGCUCCAAUUUUGGGCAGUCCGGUACAAUGUGCGUAGUAGAUGCAGACACAGAAACCUCCGACAAUAGCAACUUGAUCGAUUUGGUCAGACGACGACCGACCAUGACAUCCGUCUAGGCUGGUGACGAGGGGAUCACUCAAAGUUCGGAGACUUGCGUCUAGAUUUAUAUAGGCCAGAAAUGCGGGCGGCUCCGACGUCGCAGGUUCACCGUCGGACAAGAGAAAUUGUCCGACUCGCCGUUGUGGUCGCAGCAAUCGCGUUUAGCUGUACCUCUCGAGUGAACGGUUUCGAGCCAGAUUUUUUGUUCCCACUGGAAAACGUGACUAUUGCCCAGGGCCGAGACGCGAUAUUCACGUGUGUGGUCAACAAUAUCGGUGGUAACAGGGUGAGUGCUCCCGAAGGCGGCUUCACUUCAGCCAGGGUUGCUUGGAUUAAAGCAGAUACGAAGGCUAUAUUAGCUAUCCAUGAACAUGUUAUCACGAACAACGAAAGGUUGUCCGUCACGCACAACGAUUAUAACACAUGGACAUUAAAUGUUAGGACAGUUCGGAGAGAAGAUAGAGGCACUUAUAUGUGUCAAGUUAAUACGGAUCCAAUGAAAAGCCAAAGUGCUUUUCUAGAAGUAGUUAUACCACCAGACAUCGUAUAUGAAGACACGUCCGGAGAUAUGAUGAUCCCUGAAGGUGGUUCAGCUAAAUUGAUUUGCAAAGCUCGAGGAUAUCCUGAACCAAAGAUACUAUGGAGAAGAGAAGAUGGAGGAGAUAUUAUUGUUAGAACUGGAACUACAGUAAAAACUAAAAUGACAUCAGUUGAAGGGGAAUCAUUACUUUUAUCAAAAGUGACAAGAUCAGAAAUGGGUGCAUACCUUUGCAUUGCGGCCAACGGUGUACCACCAUCAGUUAGCAAAAGACUGAUGCUUCACGUUCAUUUUCAUCCAUUGGUUCAAGUACCAAAUCAACUAGUGGGAGCACCUCAGAAAACGGACAUCACACUUCAAUGCUAUGUGGAAGCGUCGCCAAAGUCAAUCAAUUAUUGGACUAGAGAAUCGGGAGAGAUGAUAAUUUCAAAUGACAAGUACAAUAUGACAGAAUUAACAGUUUCGUAUUACAGUGCUCAGAUGAAACUGACAAUUAGGAAACUUAAAAAAUCAGAUUUAGGAGGAUACAAAUGCAUAUCGAAAAAUUCAAUUGGAGAAGCCGAAGGAAAUAUUAGAGUAUAUGAAAUGGAUUUAUCUAAGCCCAGAACACCUAGCGAAGACGAUGACGAUAAUGCUAUAAAUAAGUUUGAUUCUGAAGAAGAUGAUUAUGAAAAUAGAAACACGGGACGCAAUUCUUCAAGCAAUUCACCAGCACUCAAAGAUCAAUCUCACCGUUUACCUAGAUCAUCUUCAAACAUAAUACGAUACAUCAACUCCGUUAUGUUAAUACCGAUAUUAAUGCUAAUGAAAUACUGAACUGUUAUAUUGUAUUCAUAUUAAAGUAAACAAAUUAUCGGAGGUUGGCCUAUUCCAUUUAAACUAUAAUACGCAUCAUAUACUAUUCAUACUUCGUACCUAUAUACCUAAUAUUGUAUUAUGUGUAUUGUGUAGGUAAGUAAACAUUUUUCAUUUGCAUUCUUCCUACUAAUAGUAUUCCACCAAAACACGAUACGAAACUACCGAUAUGUAUACAGUAUACGAGAAGUAAUCCUAUUAAAAAUAUAUAUUAUGAUAAAAACGUGUACUUGGGUACACCGAUUCUGUUGGUGAACUUGGUCAAAGAAUAUAGCCGAUAUAUAGGUACCUACCUAGGUACAUAUCUUUUGAUGGUAUUAGUAUGGCUGAACCAAGGACAACAGAUAAAUAAAAAAUAAACCAAAGACCUAGUGUAACUAAUAAGUAAUAACUUUCAACACGUUUCAACAAAUAUUGUAAUUUGUAUAUAUUACUUAUUUAUGGAUCAAUACAUUUUGUAGUAAUUUCAGCUAUACAAAUUUUGAAACGUACUUUUAAAGUACGUUAUUUAUAAUUACGAUGUACCUAUUACAUACCUAUAUUAUAUUAUAUUUUAAUUUGUUUGUAAAUAAUACCUACCUCCUGUCAUCGCUCAACCUCCGUCUGUUUACAAUGUUAUAAUACGAGUUAAGACUAUAUUUACGCAAAUUAAUAAUAAUCAAAAAUUAUUCUCUAUGAGGUAUAUAAUAAAUUAUUAUGUUGUUAAUGAAUUUAUCACAUUGAAUGUUCUAUCGUAAAUGAAUGUAAAAUAUUUAUCACAAUAUGUAAAUAAACUUAGUUAAUUUAAUGUAUUGAAUAUUUUGUAAUUACCUACCUACUUAUUAGUUAUCAGGUUCCUACAACCUAC